AUGACUGACGAGCAUGAAGAUGUCGUCGAGAAUGCAAACGCAGUGGAGCUCAAUGAAGGCAUUAAUGUCCUUCAGUAUGCAUCCGCCAUAAGUGAUCCGAAUAUUGAAGUGACUGGCAGCUUCUUUGAUGGACUAGCAUCAGACAUGGAUAUGCAUGCGUCGGAUGAUGAUGCGGGCGCUUUAGGCGACCAUGAGGCGGAUAGCGGGGAUGCUCUCGAAGACACAGAAAUCUCUAUAAAGGGUCAAGAAGGCGAUACUUUGGAUACAAAUGGCCAGGUGACUGAUAAUCUUCCUGAUGUCCAAACUCAAUCUGCUGGGCCCAAGCAGAAAAAGCCUUCAUUCGCAAUCAAAUAUUUAUCCUGCAGCAGUGAAUCACUUAUCGACCUUCCGCGAAACCACGUUAAUCUACCUCCAGAAGAACUUGAUUUCAUCGCACAGCUACUGAAAAAGAAGAGGAGCCCGAUAAUUCAUGGCGGUAUUCAAAAGAAAACUCGCCAAAAUUACGGUUCUGGGAAAAAGGCAUAUCAUCCAAAAAAUCCGGCCGGACUAGACAGACUCUUUCGCUAUGCGGCAUCACAAGCAGAUUCUAUGGAAACUCAACCAGAAGAUGAGCAUGGAUGGGCCGUGCUAAACUCGCAGACAUUGCCUCGGAUGGACACGAAAAAUGAUGAGUUCGUCUGCCCAGGACUUUUUCUGCGGCUAUGGGACAAGGCCAGCAAGUCCAGGAUAGAUGACGAUGAUCACAGUUUCCUCUCGGCGUCUGCAGAGUUGCCUCUACGCACUGUAAAGGAACGCUCUAAUUUUCUUCGUGAUCAUACAUACUGGAGACAUCGUGGUCUUACUCAGGGUAUUUCCAUUACAAGUCACCUAAUUCCAGCAUAUGAGGCACAUGAGAAGAUGCGCGUGGGAAUGCUUGAGGCGAACCCGGACAUGUACGUGGGUGUUGAGUCAAUCUUCGUGGACAACAAGACGGUCGAAGAACUAGAAGCCUCGUUCACUGUUCAUAUCCAAAAUCCGCGUGCUCCAAAAGCAGUUCAACGGAAAUCUGGAUCGAAGGAUGUUGAAGCGUCUACUUCUGACGAUAACCGUGGAUCUAAUAACAAGGAGCGAUGCUAG